UAGUUACGCGUUUUAUGAAUUGUGCAUUUAUUUACACUUGAACCGAUCGCUUUCUGUUGGUUGAGAGACGAGGCGAAUGAACAGACUUGCAGAGGAUUUUCUGUGCGAAACUUGAGACUUUAAAGUCGUUUUCUGGAAACAGCAACAGCGGAGAGGAGACUUUUCUUCAAGACAAACAUCGGAGGAUAUAUCUUUACACAACUUUAUAUAUAACUUUAUAUAACUUUAGUUUUAUUAUUGAAAGUAUCAUAAUUUCUGCGAAUACUUUUCAUUUUAUUGUUCUUUUCUUAUUUUAGGAGUUAAUUUAAUUGUUUUAAUUUUAUUUUUUUAUUGUUUAUUUUUAGGAGAAUAUUUCUGAGAUUUGUGCUUUAUUGUAUUGUAUUUUGUGUUGUAAUUUGUAUUGUUUUAUUGCAGCUUGGAGGAGGUCGAUGGCUGAUAGAGGAGGCCGCCCCAGACCCCGGAGAGCUGCUUUCUCUCAGACGGCUGGUCAGGAGGUUUGGAGACCCGGUUCUGAUGACCGUGAUCAGGAUCCGCUGCCAGACCCGACACAGAUCCGGGAUCUUCCUGGAUAUUUAACAUCUCUCUCUUCUGAGUUUUCUGUGUCUGUGUCCCCAGGUCAGGUUCACUGGACGAGUGUGAAGCAGAACCCAGAUGAUGGACGUCCGCCCACUUCAUCUACACACUCUCGCAGAGGCGGCUCCAGGUCCCGGGGAACUGCUUCCACAGAUUCUUCUCUGGGCAUCCCGUCGUCCUCAGCUUUAACCUCUAUGGUCCGUGUGUUGAGGAGGUGUAGAGAGUCGUUGAGUCUGAGCAGCCGAGGCUCCUACAGCGUCGAGUGGAGGCGGAGUGGCGAUGGAUCGGAGAGCCCAAACCAACAGGGUUUGUCCAGGUCCGUUAGCCUCGAAGCGUUUCUGUGUUCUCCGCUGCCGGGUCAAGUUUCUGUCGAGCCACCAGAGACUCCAGAGACUGGCCGAACUGCUCAGGGUGCCGUGGAGGCUUCUCCAGCGAACAAGAGCUCAACAGGAAAAGCUCCAGACCGCAGGAAGAGGAGAAGAGCUGGUGGUUUCAGGCUCUGGAAGGCGAUGAAGUGUGUUUUCUGCUGCUGUUCCUGCAGUGUUGGGAAUGUUGUGGAGCCUUUUGUUGAUCCUGAACCAUCAUCACCUGCUCCAGAUCACUCCUGCGUCGAGCCAAAUGACGAGUCCUUUGAGUCUCUCUAUAACGUGGAUAGGAUGAUUGGAUCCGGAGGAUUUGGCAGGGUGUUUCUGGGAACACGCAAGUUUGAUGGCAAAAAGGUUGCCAUCAAGCGGAUGAGCAAGAUCGACAACAACCGCUAUCUUGAUAUUCCCGGGCAUCCCGAACCUCUGGUGACAGAAGUGGCGCUGCUGAUGAUGAUGAGGCGAGAACCCGUAAGCCCCUUCGUCAUCCGACUCUACGAGUGGUUUGAACAUCCGAGAGAAUUCACUCUGGUUAUGGAGUAUCCUGAUCCCUGCGAGAGCUUGCUGGACUUCAUCAAUCGUCAUCACGGAGUGUCUGAACCAACAGCACGGGUCAUCAUGAGACAGGCUGUGCUGGCAGUGCAACACUGCAUCGAGCGCGGGGUUUUCCACAAUGACAUUCAUGCGCAGAACUUCCUGUUGAAGAAAACCCCGGUACAGCUCAAGCUGAUAGACUUUGGGUGCGGUCAGCUGUUUAGUAGCGACGGCUACGACAGCAAAAUAUACAUCGGAUUACCGAGUUACUGCCCACCUGAAGUCUUGACAGAGCCUCGGUUCCACGCCGUCCCAGCAAACGUCUGGGCUCUAGGAGUGUUGCUGUACCAGAUGGUGAACGCGUGCGCUCCUUUUCACACGAGAAGAGAAAUCACACUCGCCAAAGUGACAUUUCUGAACUGCAGCUUAUCCAGAAGAAAUAACAUCCUUGCUGAGACUCGACCCGAAGCCUGAAGUUCAACACCAUCCUGACAGAAACUCAGAGCCGGUCCACGUCUGAGCGAGAACAUGAGAGACUGCAAGACUGGAAGAAGUCAUCGAGUCCUCACACACACACUUUUGAUUCGUUUCAAACGUCAAGACGAGUCAUCUUUAUUUAUAUAGGGCCUUAUUUAUGACCAAUCUGUAUAUAUGACCAGUCUGUAUAUGGGCCAAAGACUAGACAUUUGUGUCCGCAUCAAAUUUAAUUUACAUAAGUAAUUUUAUAUAAAUAACCCUGUUAUACUACAGGGCUGCUGAAUGCUUCAUUACGGAGGCGUAUUGCAUUCACUGGAAGAAAAAAAAA